AUGGACAAAGAAAAAUAUUUAAAAAAAACAGUAGAGGUAGAAAAGGCAGGAUCAGAUACUGGUAGCGGCGGAAAUCGAUCGCGUGGGACGUCUUCCGCUAGGAAACGUCCAGUGUGCCGAUCGUCAGACGAGGAAGGCCUGCCGGCCCCCAAGUUGCCGAUUUCGGGGAGGGGUCGGCAGGCAUCUAGAGGGGCGAGUGCUUCGCAGCCGCGGAGGGAUAAGCACGGACGGUUCGUGUGCUCCAAUACCUCGGCGGCUAGCGAAGCAGAUAGUGACAUGGGGUUCACUACGGAGGACCCUGGCGAUGGCGGUGAAAGCUGUGCCUCGCUGGGGAGCUCAAAGGCGGAGCUCAAUGCCGCCAAGAGGGAGCAGCGCAAAGCCGUCGCGGCCGACGAAGUGUCGGAAAUGGCCCGACGUGCUCGCGAGCGACGAGCUGCUCUUGCGGCGGAAGGGGGAGAGCCAUCUGCGGUGGCCUUAAGCCAGCUGGCUCUGGAUGGGGUGGACUUAGUCCUGAAGGUUGCCACCAAGUCCGGCAGCCUGAAGGGCACGUUCACCCGUGGCUUAAAGGAGGCUGCCGCGGAUAUCAGGGAGGCGGUUGGCAUCCUCCUCAACAGGACGGCCUCUGACGAGGUCGCAAAGUUACAGGAGGAAAACAGCCGCCUCAGAAGUGACUUGGAGGACCUCCGGCGGCAAGUUGCUGCGCUAAGCGAGCAGCAGCAGCAACGCACGUCCAGCGAUGCCGCACCUGUAGUGGACCCGACUCCCGCACUGCGACCGGCAAGCCCUCGUACCGACGAAGAGGUCGAGCGCAUUGUCCGGCUCUGCAUGCUCCAGUGUGGGAGCAUGGUUAACGCUCGGCUGGAGGCAAUUUCUCGGCGUCUCCCGGUGGAAAUCCUCCGUCCGCCUUUAGCGGCUGACACGCGGAGGACUGAGGAGCCGCCGAGACUUGCGCCUCAAAAGGGGAAGCCCGCGGAGGGUAACAAAAAGCCCGCGGAGGGAGCUCCUCCGAGCAACCAGCCCACGACUGCCGGGUCUAAGGGUGAGACCUGGGCGAAAGUCGUGGGCCGCAAGAAGGCCCGCAAAGCCGCCAAGAAGGCCGCAGCAGCCGCAUGUGCCCCAGGUGGAACCGCAAAGACGGCUCCUAAACCUGCACAGCGGACUGCCAAAGGCGGUCGCAAGAGACCGGCUGUACAUGUUCCGCGGUCCAACGCCGUAACAAUAACGUUGCAGCCUGGAGCUGUGGAGCGUGGCGUGACGUACCAGUCGGUCAUCGCCGAGGCCAAGGCCAAGAUCAAAUUAUCUGAUCUUGGCCUUCAGUCCGUCACCCUCAGGCAGGCUGCCACGGGUGCACGACUGUUCGAGGUGGCUGGCACUGUGAGCGGCAGUGCCGAAAAGGCGGACGCACUUGCCGCCAAGAUGAGGGAGGUCCUCAACCCAGAGGACGUCCGGGUCUCCAGGCCAAUGAAAACCGCAGAGGUGCGGAUUGCUGGCCUGGACGACUCCGUGACCUCAGAGGAGGUGGUGGCGGCCGUUGCCAGAAGCGGAGAGUGUCCGCCGGACAAGGUGCGGGCUGGCGAUAUACGCACCGACGCCACCGGACUCGGCGCGGUCUGGGUUCGGUGCCCUGUAGCGUCGGCAAAGAAGAUCGCCGAUAGCGGCAGAUUGCUGGUAGGCUGGGUGGCGGCAAGGACCAAGCUCUUACAGCCCCGGGCUUUGCAGUGCUUUCGGUGCCUGGAAAAAGGGCACGUCCGGGCGAAGUGCACCGCCGAGGUUGACCGUAGUGACCUCUGUUAUCGUUGCGGUCAGCCUGGCCACAAGGCUGCCCUGUGCUCCGCGGCGCUCAACUGCAGCCUUUGUUCUGCUGCGGGAAGGCCAGCGGAACACAGAGUAGGCGGAAGGGCUUGUGGGGCGCCUGCCAGCAAGAAAAAGAAAAAGGAAAAGAAGAGGAGCACUAAGCCUGCCGGGUUAACCUCGCUGCCCUCGCAGACUGCGAGCGGCCGCCAUCCAACAACCCCGAUUAACGACGGCCCGCGUUGGGCGCUUAAGCGCAUCGACAGGGAACUACUCGAAGAAGCUGCCCUAGUCCAGUCCUGGAUUCGGGAGUCGACGACGGACGGCCCCGUCGACGUCGAAGCGGUGGCGCUAUGGUUUCGCGGGGCGAUGACGCAGAUCUGCGACGCGUCCAUGCCCCGUGUCCACCAACGGUCCGCAAGGCGCCAGGUGUACUGGUGGACCGCCGAGAUCGCGCAAUUGCGCAUAGCGUGCGUUGCGGCUCGUCGCCGGUACACCCGAUACCGGAGGCGGCGUCGACGGGAUCCCGCCGAGGAGGACGCGCUGUAUGAGGUGUACCGCGCGUCUAAGGAGACUCUGUGGCUGGCCAUCGGCGACUCAAAGUCGCGUGCCAGGGAAGAGCUGCUGGGAUCCCUAGAUCGGGAUCCGUGGGGGCGCCCCUACCGUUGGGUACGGGGCAAGUUGCGUCCCUGGGCGCCUCCACUAACACAAACGAUGCAACCCCAGUUGCUAGAGGCGGUGGUAUCGGCUCUCUUCCCUGAGCGAGUGGGACACGUUCCCCCGGCGAUGGCUUCGCCCUCAGCCACAGACUCUCCAGAAGAGGAGAGCACCGAUGUCCCCGAGGUGACGCAAACAGAGACGAGAGCGGCCGUGUCGCGACUCCGGGCUAAGAACACAGCGCCCGGACCCGACGGAGUUCCUGGUCGAGCUCUCGUCCUGGCUCUGAAGGAGCUAGAGCCCCAGCUGAGAGGGCUCUUCACGGCAUGUCUCGAGCAGGGUCAGUUUCCCAGUGUAUGGAAGGAGGGGAGGCUGGUCCUGCUCAGGAAGGAGGGGCGCCCCGCGGACUCACCGUCCGCGUACCGGCCCAUAGUGCUGCUCGACGAGGCGGGCAAACUUCUUGAGCGCAUCAUCGCAGAUCGCUUCGUCAGCCACUUGUGCAGAGAGGGGCCGGACCUGGACGAGAACCAGUUUGGUUUUCGUCGCGGGCGCUCCACCAUAGACGCUAUUACGCGCGUGAGGGCCCUGGCGGAGGAGACAGUAUCCCGGGGUGGGGUGGUGCUGGCGGUGUCCUUAGACAUCUCCAACGCCUUCAACACCCUACCCUGGAGUUGUAUUCGGGAGGCGCUGAAUUACCAUCGCGUGCCUCCCUACCUCCGCCGCACAAUAGGGGCUUACCUUGAGGAGAGAUGCGUUACCUAUUGGGGACGUGACGGCGCUGGUCGGCGCGUCAUGUCGUGCGGUGUUCCGCAGGGCUCGGUCUUGGGACCGCUCCUGUGGAACAUCGGCUACGACUGGGUGCUGAGAGGUGAACUCCCGUCGGGCGCCGACUUGACGUGUUAUGCGGACGACACGCUCGUCACUGCCCGGGGGAGUUCACACAGGGAAGCAGCGUUGGUUGCCACGGCUGCGGUGUCACAAGUGGUGAACCGCAUCCGGCGCCUGGGCCUGGAGGUGGCCCUAAAUAAGUCGGAGGCCAUGGUGUUCCAUGGCCCUCGACGCGCGCCGCCGCCGGGUUCACACAUCGUGGUCAGCGGGGCCCGGAUAGCUGUCGAGUCCACCAUGAAGUAUCUGGGAUUGGUGCUCGACAGCCGAUGGGAAUUCGGACCCCACUUCCGGCGGCUGGCGCCCAAGCUGAUGGGUGCAGCGGGCGCGCUAUCAACGUUGCUUCCCAACUUGGGGGGCCCGAGCGCCGCCUGUAGGCGGUUGUACGUGGGAAUCGUGCGGUCCAUGGCCCUGUAUGGGGCCCCUGUGUGGGCGAUGGACAUGACGGCCAGCACUCUCGCCAUUCUGCGUAAACCGCAGAGGGCGAUGGCCGUCAGAGUCGCCCGCGGGUAUCGCACGAUUUCCUACGAGGCGGCUUGCGUCCUGGCCGGAUCCCCGCCCUGGGACCUAGAGGCGAAAGUACUCGCGUCAUUAUAUCGAUGGCGCGAGGAAGAGCGGGCACGGGGCUCGAGGCCGGUGCAGCGGCAGAUCGCGCUGCGCCGAGAGGAGCUCCGUCAGGUCUUGGUGGCGGAAUGGCGGCAAAGGCUUCUGCGCCCUACCGCAGGCCUCGCUACCGUCGAGGCGAUCCGGCCAGUACUCGACGACUGGCUCGGGAGAAGGCACGGCUCCCUGUCGUUUAGGGUGACGCAGGUGCUGUCGGGGCAUGGCUGCUUCGGCAAGUACCUGCGCCGCAUAGACAGGGAGCCGGACGCUCGGUGCCACCACUGCGUCCAUUGCGGGGAGGACACGGCGCAACACACGCUCGCCGAGUGUGUAGCUUGGGAGGAGCAGCGCCGUGUCCUCACAAAUAAAGUAGGAGGCGAUCUGUCGCUGCCGGCCUUAGUGCAGAAGAUGGUCGGUAGCGCAGAGUCGUGGGAUGCAGUGGUGUCUUUCUGCGAGGACGUGAUGUCGCAGAAGGAAACUGCGGAACGGGAAAGGGAGAUCUCGACUCCCUUCCCCGGCCGCAGAAGGCGCACCGGGCGCAGGAGAAGGGCGGACAACGCCCUUUUCCGCCCCCCAUAA